UCAGCUGCACGCUAAAAUUUUGAAACGCCACCCUGAAAGUUAUGGAUUAAACAAAUAAAGCAGCUCAAAUUUAUUACCAUGCUUAAAGUAAUAAAUUUUGUGAAUUGCGAAAUCUUGGAUGUGCUUUAUUCGUGGAGCCGUGGAUUUAAUCUUAUUUAGUGAUAUGAACUAGCAGAAAAUGAGUUUCUUCGGACCAACCAUGGAUAAGUCGAUCGGUUUGUCGGAGGAAGGGACUAUAUUCGAUUUGGAAGAGCGCUUCGCCAAGCGCUGGUGUCGCAUUCAGGAUACUUUGGAAUCCAUCUUGGCGAAGCGGUCCAUUCAGCGCAGAAUCUGGAACGAGCGCUUUUCAGAUGUUUACGCAAUCACCGUCGAUUUCCCGCCGGAGUACGUGGAUAAUCUGUACGACAAAAUUCAAGAAGUUCUCCAUACACACAUCACCCAUGUGUGCCAGAAUCUCCUCCAAGCACGGGAGCAGAAACUGCUCAAUGUCUACCUGCAUCACUGGGAUAAUUUCUACGAAGCGCUGCAGUACAUUAACAAACUGGCCAUGCAUCUCAACUCCGCGGUGGUGAAGCCAGCCAAAAUCAACGACAGCGAAUUCCCCAUGAUCCAUCUGGGCAUUAACCUGCCCGAUUACUCUCUGGAUAAGAUCGAGAUCCUGCAGCUGGGCUGCCAGAUGUGGGCGGAUGGGAUUGUCAGUAAAAUGCAGAAAGAUCUGACGAUGACUUUGCUGGAGAUGAUCGAAGGCGAUCGAAAAGAGCACGAUUUGGCCCAUUCGGAACUGAUGCGUCGCGUGGUGAACUCCCUCGUGGCGUUGGACGAAUUCAAGGGACGAUCAGUGUUAAAAACCUACCGCGAGGUGUUCGAAAUUCCUUACAUUCAGGCUACCGGUGAACACUACCGAAUGGAAGCGGUGUACUUGAUCGCAAAAACAACCUUUUCGCAAUACGUUGUAAAGGUGCUGCAGCGUUUACAAGAGGAAGAAUUACGCGCGCGUCGCCUUUGUCACCCCUCGACGCUCGAGAAGAUCCGCAACGAAGUGCAAGUGCGCAUGGUUAACGAGCACCUCGGUUUUAUUCUGAGCGGUAGUCGAACGCUCAUCGAAGAGAAGCCAGAGCAUGACCUGAUCAAUAUGUACGAAGUCCUGCGACCCUGCCCGGAAGGGAUCGCCACCCUCCGCCAGUACUUCACCUCCUUCGUGGAGGAAAAGGCCCGUGAAGCCGUGGGCAACACGGCCCAGCUAGAGCCACAGGAUCUGGUGGAAAAUCUGGAUAGGAUUUUGAGUCGGUUUGAAGAGAUGGUCAAUAAGGUGUUCAACGGGGAUCCCAUGUUCCGCAAAGCCAUUGAGGAUGCCAUUAAGAUUGUGGUCAAUCAGCAGAGCGGCGUGGUUGGCUCACCCUUCUCAUCGGCGGAGCUCAUUGCCCGCUAUUGUGAUAAUUUAUUGAGACGCAGUGCCAAGAAUGUCCCGGAUGUCGAGGAUAAGUUAGAUGGGGCCAUUAGGAUCUUCAGAUUUCUGGACGAUAAGGAUGUUUUCCAGAGGUUUUACUCGCGUAUGAUGGCCAAGCGAUUGAUCAACAAACAGUCUGUGAGCGAAGAUGUGGAAGUGAAAGUGAUCAGCAAACUACGAGACGUUUGUGGCUGUGACUACACGGGCAGGCUGCUGCGAAUGCAGCGGGAUAUCAACUCCAGUGCUCUGAUGAUGCAGCAGUUUUUCGAAAGAUUUCCGUUAUCCAGCUUUAGAAACAAAUGCGGUGACCUCUUCAUCAAUGUGCUGACGAGCGGUGUGUGGCCAAUUCCCAGCUUCGAUAUCCCCUUCAAUAUCCCCGUCGGCCUGCAUUCGGUAAUAGAGAAUUUCGGUGAAUUUUAUUCGAAGGAAUACUCCGGUCGGCGUCUGACGUGGAUCUUCCAACUGGGCUACGUCGACGUCAAACUGAACUACGUGAAGCGACCGGUGAUCGUCACCAUGACAGUACAGCAGUUGGCCAUCUGUAUGGCCUUCUCCGAUGUGGACAGUAUCAGUAUGGCCCAGCUGAAGGAGAUGGUGGGGAUGCCGGAUGAAUAUCUGGAAGUCAACAUCGAAUGCCUGGCCCAGCAGGGGCUGAUGCGCCGCUAUCAGGAUACGGAGUUGGGACAGACCGUCGCGCUCUGUGUAGACUAUUCGCCCAAGAAACCGCGAAUCAAGAUUGCAGCGCCGCAGACCAAAGAACAGCCGACGCAGGAGCGCGAAGAGACCGAACGGUCUACCGGGGAUAUGCGGCAGCUGUUUUUACAGGCCACGAUCUGUCGAAUCAUGAAGUCCCGCAUCAGCAUGUCGCACCAGAAUCUCUUGGAGGAAGUCCGAGAGAUCGCCCAGUCGCGGUUCGCUGCCACGGUGCCGAUGAUGAAGAAGGCGGUGGAUACGCUGAUAGAAAAGGACUACAUCCGUCGCUCACCCACCGCGCAAGAUGUAUAUGAAUAUAUUGUAUAGAGCUCAGGAAAUCCUGAUAGAGUAUAAGUGAAAAUAAUGUAUUUCUAUCACGGUCUUGUAUCUAGUGGACACUGUCCACAGCCUGCCAUGUUGAUUUUAUUGUCGAGUGUGGUCGCGUGCAUAGAUGUUAUAUGUGAAAUGGUUUUAAUCCGUUAUUCUGUUUACGUAAGCUCGCUAAACGCCAGCCCGAGUUUAUCUGUGUCCAGAAUGAAUUUACCGGUGUUUUGGGGGAUUCUGGGGGUGCGUCUGUGACUCUGUCGUAACAUGUUAGUUACAUAACGGUAUCAAAUAAAUCAAGUG